UCAGUAAUUUUAUUUGCUGAGUCGGUGAUUCUACUCUCUCUCCAUUGAGGUGAGGAAAAUGGGACGAAGAGCAGCUUAUCGUGGCGAGCAAGGUUUGAAGAAAGGUCAAUGGACCCCUGAAGAAGACAAGAUUCUCGUCAAGCAUAUCGAGAAACACGGCUGUGGAAGGUGGAAUACAAUUCCGAAGCACGCUGGGUUACGCCGUUGUGGAAAGAGUUGUAGACUACGAUGGAAAAACUAUCUAAACCCAGAUAUAAAACGAGGUCCUUUCACCUUCGAGGAUGAGAAACUCAUUCUCCAACUCCAAGCCCGUCUCGGCAACAGGUGGUCUACUAUAGCAACACAUCUUCCAGGGAGAACAGACAACGAUAUCAAGAACCUAUGGAAUAGUCGCGUGAAGAAAAGAAGUCUUUUGGAUCUUGAUGAUCCCACUACCGAAGCUUCACCAACAACUGGUGUUAUGUCUCAAUGGGAAAGUGCUACGCUUGAACCUGAGCCAAGGCUUCCUGGAGAAACAAGUGCGGAUUGUGAUAACUUCUUUGACAUUUGGAACUCUGAGAUUGUUGAAUCUUUCACAACUACUCUUGCUCCGUGGUACGAAUCAACUAGCUGUCAAAUCCCUUUCUCUCGGACACCAUCUUCUUCCUCUUCUGCACUUGUAAAGAGCUCAACAGAUUCGUGUGGUAGUAAAGAUGUUGACAUGGCCUCUUGUUCUUCUUCUUCAUGUACGAAGGAUGAUGAUGACUUUGCUCUUCAACUUCUGCUUGAUUCCCCUCUAAUUGGUGGCGAUGAUGAUAUUGAUAUGACCUUCUUGGAAGAGAAGAGUGACGGCAAGACACAGUCUCCGGCUGUUGGUUUUUAAAUUCUCUAUCUUAUGAAAAAACGUUUUUCCAAAGAAAGAAAGAUCUCUUGGCCCUUUUUGUUUUUCUGAUAUUUUAGUAAUUAGAAAUAUCUAUAUGUAAAUCAGCACUUAGGAACUUUCAAAGUGUCUUUCUCUUGGUUCUUCUUCUCAGUAGUUAUCAAGUAAUCAGAUGUA